GUGAUGGGGACACUGUCGGAAGAAUCCCGAGUACCUCUCCCAGGGAUCACGUAGUGACUCAUCUGGCUCAUGGCAGAAAUGAGUGAUCUCCCGCUGAAUCUCUGUGGUCUUCGAGGCCGGAUAAUACCGGUGCACAAAUUUAUCGGCCAAGUCGUCCCACGAUGUUAUGGAUAGUGGGGCUGGGUCUCCAACCACCUCUUCGCAUGCCCCGCCAGAGAAUGGAAGAAAAGGUGGAGACAGAUCACAUCAUCGGGUACACCAUUCAUCUUGAAUCCAUUUGUCAGUUGCAAGAACCGAGAAAGGUGCACCCGCGCCUCCUCAUCCUUCAAGCCAUGGAACUAGAUAGAGGAUGUAAUCAGUUGAAUCCGGCAUGGGUUGAUUUCAAAGUUUCUCGCUGGAAUGUGCGGAUAAAGGAUGACAAGGCGGAUGUCGGCGACCCGUGGAGUGUAGUAAUACUCCAUGGUAGGACCCUGCGGCGGUGGUUAAUGCUGAGCCCCAUCUGCCAGGGGAACUGGGUUGUUCCCCAGGAUCUAAUUCACUGGGGGAACCUAGAGAGGCAUCCCCUGAGGCGGGUUUUGCGCACCGUCCAUCUCGUACUCCUCCUUCAUAAUCGUUGCUCAAGUGGCCGUCGAUGCGCACUUCCUCCGUAGCCAGUCUCGCUCGUUGUUGUCUCCUUAGUUGAAGACAUGUGCGUUCUAGCUCUGGAUCUAACGGUAGUAAACCUCCCGACUGGCUACAGGUCAUGCAAUACCUGCACACAACCAAGCAAGCAAACCCGUAAAGGCACAAGCGGGAAAAAGCAAACAAUCAAUGCAGAAAUGGAAAUGCUAAAGUAACAAAAAUCACGUUUCUUAAACAACCUAGCCGUCCCUGGCAACGAUGCCAAAAACUUGACACGCCUCUACCGUCACACUAGAAAGUGGCCAAGUGCAACCACCUACUAAUGCGUAGUAUAGCGGGUCCAGUUAUAAAUGUCAACCCGAGUCCUAGGUGUGGUGACUACUCCGUGAAAGUUUUGUUAUCUAGCGGUUCAAGUGCAGUGAAGAUUCAAUUAAACUAGCAAGCAAAGCAGUGAAAGUUGUGUUCAAGUUGAGAGAGGUCACCUGGAUAUGGUUCCCCCUAGACUGCAGUUAAGCCAGGUUGUAAUUUACCAAGUUCAAGUUCAAUGAUAGUUAUACUGCAGGAGGUUCUUAAACAGUCUGCAGUAUCGACUAGAGGUCUCCUGACCCUCUCAAUCUGAGUCCCCAGCGGGCGAAUAACCUCCACCGGGAUAAAUAUAUUGAGGCCCUAACGAACCAAACCUCCUCUACCAGAGUAAAUCCGGUACAAAAUAGUGAAUUUACUGCUCGACUAAAGUCGUCAUCUCACUAUCUUCAAUCAAGGGUGCUCUAUCAACCUAGGCAGAUAUUCUCUUUCUAGGUCAAAGCAGAAAUAACAGGAAUUUGAUUACUAUUCAUGCCAUUCAAGAAAUCAAACCUCAAUUUAAUAUAAUCAUAUCACUGAAUUCAUACUUGGGUUCAUACAAUCAGACCUAACAUUCAAAUCUAGAGUUCUUCAUACCCAGGUGAAUGAGAAAGUUACUCCAUAGAGAGAGACGAGAAAUCUAGCUCAGACGCGGAAACCGUACUGUGAAAGAUGGGAUUCUGCUUCUAGCAAUAAAUCAGUAGUUCUUCAACCUCAAGCCAGUCUCCAAUGGUGAUGAAGAUCGAUCUAGGGCACUUGGAGAAUCAGGUUUGUCACUUUCUCUCUCUAGGUAUCAGCUUUUUCUCUCUAAAACUCGGAACUCUUGCAAAAUUGGCCUUCUAUCCCUUAAGAACCAGCUGUUCGCGAUCCCCGGUCGUAAUCCCCGGUCGGGUAUUUCAGGGGACCGGCCGGGGAUUUUGAACCCAGCGCAGCGGUACAGGGUUAAUACCCGAUCGAGGUCCAGAAUACCCGAUCGAGUAUUUUUUUUCUCUCUGGCCGGGACCCCUCUUGCUUCUUGGCGUCCAAAAUCAGCUUCCCCCGGCCUCCCAUUGCAUUUUACCCGGCCAAGUAUUUUCACUCCUGCCCGGGUAUUUUGCUCUACCAACGCCCUUCUACUCAAACGUCCUCCAUUUGACCCUAAACUCGUUUCCUCGCCUUCACGUCAACGCCAAGUCCUGAAAUAUGACAUAAACACACAACCUAGCGUGAAAUCGACUUAAAACACUAGAAUCGACUCUCAAACGGCUCGAGAAUGGAGGUAUAAACAUGUGUAUUAUUGGUCUAUCACAACCCUUAGUCAAUAGAUCUAGAGAGUCAGGUUGGUGGUUUGAAUCGAAUUCCCUCGACCUAGAGACCGAGAGAGUGGCGUUUGGCUACUUGUUGCACUUCCUUACAGUUUACAACCACCUUACCACACGUGACCAUUUGAUCCGACAAAUCAUAAUUGUUAGCUAGGGGAGCAACACCCUGGUGAAACCUUCUCAAUUAGUGUCAAAUCCAAUUAGAGAAGCCUUCUCCAAAAAUCAACCGCUAGAUAAUGUUUCAAACAAUAGAAGUAGGGGUACAUGAACUGGCCCGGGUCGACAUUUAAACAUACUUACCCUACAUUGCACCCAAUUAAGGUUUAUACUUGGGCCUUCAUUGGGAGUUUUAUUGUGGUAUUCGGGACGAGUCAGCUAUAGAUCACGGAUUCAUCCUGAGGUUAUUCUUCGAUGAUGAUUAAAUCCAUUAAGCACCGAUUUGGGCGGAUUUUUUUCGGUUCCAUUUUCGGCGGACUCCAUAGAAGUGCAAUCACAGAUUUCGGACGAUUUUCCAGAAAUACAAUUUUCUUUCUAUUUUGAAGGCUACAAAUCAUAGAUUCACUGUGAGGCUAUUCUCCACCAAUAAUGCAAAAUAGUGGCAAGUUCAAUCUAUCAACCCGGGGUGUAGGUCUACUGCCUACUCCGUGACUACCUGUUAUCUAGCGGGACUAAGUGUAGUGAGAGUGAUUGUAAACAAAAGUAGUAAGUACGCAGGAAAUUGUUCGAAGUUCUUAAGCAAGGGAAGAGUCACUCGGGAAUGAGUCCCCCUAGCUCCUUAGUUAGGUCAAAGUUGUAAUUUCCUUUUGAUUGAUCUACUAUUGAUUAAACUGCGGAAGAUCCGCAGUAUCUUGGAAUCUCUUAAGCUGACCAUGCCCUCUCAGACAGACUACCCGGGAGAUGACUAGUCUUCACCGAGAUAGAACACUGAGGCGAUUAACAGAGAACUCCACUACUGGAAUUGGAUUCUAGUACAAAGCAGUGAAUCGACUAACUCUCUUAUAAACAAUUCACUACUGCCGAUUGAAGAACUCCCUAAAUGCCAUUUUCUUUCAAUUUUGUAGGUUACAAAUCACAUAGUCAACCCAAGACUAUUCUCCACAGAAAAUGAAGUCUAUUAAUCGUAUUCUCCAUCGAUGAUUAAGUCCAUUAGGCAGCAAAUUGGGCGAAUUCAUUUUUGGAUGGCAUUUUUGUAAUUUUUUGGGCGAUUUUUUCUAAAGGCCUUUUUCUUGUAUUUUGAAGGCUACAACAUAUCACGGAUUCAGGGCUCAGGCUAUUAUUCAAGGAUGAUUAAGUCCAUCAAGCACCGAUUUGGGCGGAUUUCUUCCAGGUCCAUUUUUGGCAAACUCCAAAGGGGUACCAUCACAAAUUUCGGGCGAUUUUCCAGAAAUGACAUUUGCUUUCUAUUUUGAAGGUUAUAGAUCACGUAUUCAGCCCGAGGCUAUUCUUCACCAAUAAUGAAGUCUAUUGAUUCUAUAUUCCAUAGAUGAUUAAGUCCAUUAAGCAGCGAUUGGGGCGAACUAUUUUUUGAAUAACAUUUUCGUAAUUUUUUGUGCUUUUUUUCUAAAGGCCAUUUUCAUUAGAUGUUGAAGGCUAUAGAUCAUGGAUUCGGGUUGAGGCUAUUCUUCAACGAUGAUUAAGUCUGCGAUAACACCAAAAUCGGUGUUAUUUAUCCUCUAACUUAGGGUAUGUUUUGCGCCAAUUCAUGUGCUUAAGCGUUUAAACAUUGUCAAAUACAUCUCUAUUUCGUUCCGAUUUGAUUUUGAUGUGAUUAUAGGGUGUAUUUGUCAAUAUGUGCAAUUUAGGUACAAAACAAGGUCACAAGUGUAGAAAAGGGCAAUAAUCAAAGAUUGUGGCCUAGAAGCCAAAGAGCACGACUAGGAUCUUCAGUCGUGAGAUUCGUCGAAGAUUGCGGUCCAGAAGCCAAAGAUCGCGACCGCGAUCUUGGAGGCCUAGGCUGUGAACUUCGCAAGAAAGGAUCCAUGGAGGAGCAGAGACUUUCUCUAGUCGAAUCAAGGUCAAUUUUCAAAAUGCCCGUGAGGAAGAUCACGGUCGCGACUUAAGGAUCGCGACCGCGAAGUCAGGCCGGGAUCUCCCCCGUGCUUAAGGCCUCGAAAAAACGUUUUGAGAUCACGACCUAGUGACCAAAUAUCACGGCCGCGAUCUCCCUGCCUCGGGCCGGGAACUUCCCCGAAGCCACAUUGCCUAUAAAUAGAAGACUCAUUCCCCCUUUUUCAAGUGAGCUGAUUUUGGGUGAAAUUUCUGGUUCUAGAGAGAGAGAAGAGAGAGAAGCUGAAGGGAGAUGGAGGAGCAAGGAGGCAUCUUCUACCUCAAGUCUGGCUCUAUUUCUACCAUGUAUCUUCUUCCAUCCUUUGAGUAGUCAUCUAAGGUACUAGGGGUUUGAAACCCCAAACGCUAGUUUUAGGGUUUAUUAUGUAUGUAUGGAUAUUUUAGGGUUUGAAUGAAUGAAUUAGUAUAUUUUUAAUGUCAGUCUUUCCUAAAUGAUGACUCUUGGGCAAUAGGCCUUAAUCUUCUCUCUUAGCCUACUUUAUGCUACUACACUGGGUACGGAGUUCUAGAGUUAGACGGGUAUGUGCCAUCUGGCGAGUUUAGGUUAGAUGAGUGAAUGGGGGCCUAUAAUGGUCGAGGCGACCGAACUCCUGCUAUAGGUAGCCCUCCUAGAUGAAACCUCAAAUGAAAUCUUGGUGUAGAUGGUGGAUAGUGUCCAUUGAAAUGAGUCAUAAGCUUAAAGCUCUAGAUACGACAGCCUAGAUCGAGGUGACUGAAACAUGGGUUUAGGGGAGGCGUAUGGAUAAUGACGAAGCCCAACAGAAAAGAGCUCACUCACCACAUUCGAUAACCCUAAGUAUCUAUACAUGCAUAGUAUCCCUAAGCUAGGGGGAGGAUUAGUUCCCCGAAAUACCUGCAUUUAGCUUUGAUCAACCUCUAUACUAGUGUUUCCUCAUAUCCUCCACUCAAUACCUCAAAAACCGAUUACCUAAUUUACAACAAGGUGGGAAGUAGGCUAGGGUACCAGGACCCGAGCAGAAUAUGACAUUGAUUACCACUAUACGACAAUGUCGUCGUAGGUUAAACUUGGCUUAUGAUGGGAUAGUUGUUGAUAGUGCAAACCACUGUCAAUAUGAUGCACAGAUUCAAGUGAUCAGUCCAUUAAGCACAGAUUUGGCCAGAUUUCUUCCGGUUCCAUUUUUGGCAGUCUCCAAAGGGUUACCAUCAAAGAUUUCGGGCGAUUUUCCUGAAAUGCCAUUUUCUUUUGAUUUUGAAGACUACAGAUCACGGAUUCAGACCCAGGCUAUUCUCCACCGAUAAUGAACUCUAUUGAUCCUAUUCUCUACCAAUGAUUAACUCCAUUAGACACCGAUUUGAGAGAAUUAAUUUUCGAUUGGCAAUUUCGUAAUUUUUUGACAAUUUUUUUCGAAAGACCAUUUUCCUUGGAUUAUGAAGGCUACAAGUCACGAACUUGACCUGAGGCUAUUCUUCAACUAUGAUGAAGACCAUUAAGCACUGAUUUGGGCGAAUUUCUUCCGGUUCCAUUUUUUACGGACUCCAAAGGGGUACCAUCACAGAUUUCGGUCAAUUUUCCCGAAAUUCCAUUUUUUCUUUUGAUUUUAAAGGUUACAAGUCACUGAUACAGCUUGAGGCUAUUCUUCACUGAUAAUGAAAUCUAUUGAUCUCUAUUCUCCACCAAUGAUUAAGUCCAUUAGGCACAAAUUUGAACGAAUUCAUUUUCGGAUGACAUUUUCUUAAUUUUUUGGGCGAUUGUUUUUAAAGGCCAUUUUCUUUGGAUUUUGAAGGCUACAGAUCACGAAUUCGUCUUGGGGCUAUUCUUCAACGAUUAUUAAGCCCAUUAAGCACCGAUUUUGUCGGAUUUCUUCCGGUUCCAUUUUUUGUUGACUCCAAAGGAGUACAAUCACAGAUUUUGGGCAAUUUUCUCGAAAUGCCAUUUUCUUUAGAUUUUGAAGGCUAUUGAUAACGGAUUCAGCCUGAGGCUAUUCUUCAACGAUGAUUAAGUCUAUUGAUCCUAUUAUCCAUUGAUGAUUAAGCCAAUUAGGCAGCUAUUUGGGCGAAUUCAUUUUCUGAUGACAUUUUUUUUGGUGUCUGAAUGACUGCGGGCCGGGGGAGACCCAGCCACACAGCCCUCUGAUGACAUUUUCACAAUCUUUUUGGCGAUUUUUUUUCGAAAGGCCAUUUUCAUUGGAUUUUGAAGGCUACAGAUCACGGAUUAGGCCUGAGGCUAUUCUUCAACGAUGAUUAAGUCCAUGAAGCACCAAUUUGCGCGGAUUUCUUCUGGGUCCAUUUUUGGCAAACUCCAAAGUGGUACCAUCACAGAUUUCAGGAGAUUUUCCUGAAAUGUCAUUUCUUUCUAUUUUGAAGAUUCUAGAUCACAGAUUCCGCCUGAGGCUAUUCUCCACAGAUAAUGAAGUCUAUUGAUCCUA